GCUCUGUCCUCUUUUUCCUCUAAUUCAUCCCGAAACAAUCGCCUGCGCCUCUCUCUCUCUCUCUCUCCCUCUUUGUCCCGCUGUGUCUGUUUCCUUUUUGUUUUCCUGGCUCCCUCUUUACCUCUCACUUUCUUUUUCCAAGAGAAGAAGAUAACUUUGUGCUUGUAUAUCACUGAGCACCGUAAUUGUCUCCCAGUCUCCGUGACUGCCAACUGACUCGAUCUUCAUUGGAUCAACGCCGUACAAGUUGGAUUUGGCUGUGAACUUUUUUUUUUUUUUUUUUUUUUGCCGGAGGGACAACCUUCUCAUCAUCCCGGGAGCGAAAUCCUCUCCUGAGCGACGGACGCCUCACUCUUCCACGGCAACUGUGUAACUAUGGAGUGCAGGCAUGGGGCAGAAAUUGGGCAAAAAGCAAACAGUGUGUUGUCAUCAGAGAGGGGCCGCUGAGGAGUAAUUUAGAAGGGGAGAGAAGAAAGAAGAAGAGGGAAGCUUCUGGAUGAAUCUUAACUUUUACACCUCUGGGGAUCUCUUCUUGACUUGUGCAACAAACAGGACAGGAUUAAGAAGAAAAGACUUGACAAAGGAUGGGAUUUUUCUACAUUUUCACUGUUGAUGCGUUUUCUUUAGCAUCUUCACGCUCUUUACAAAGUGUCGUCAGAGCAGAAAACUGUCCUGUUUGAGGAUUACUGCCGUUAUCCCUCUGGAAGUAACCGCUGGCUAACGAAGCUGUUGACAAAAGUUGAUUUCUGCAUCAGAGACAGCGUGUGUGUGUGAGUGUGUGUUUCUGUGUGUGCGUGUUGGUGUCCUUGCAGUUGUGUCAGGACCUUGGAGUUUGUGUGUAUUUAUUUAUGUAACUUCUGUGCACGAGACGUUCAGUGUGUGUGUGCAUGUGAUGCGUGGGUGCGAGGCCGCUAGCUGUCUAUCUGUCCUCAGUGCAGGCAGACACAGGGAGGGACAGACAUGUAUUUCCAUGGCGAUGAGCGGCUGUAGCCCCUUCCCAAUGUGUUGGGACAGAGAAUAUGACAGACACCUAGCAGCAGCAGUGUCAGCAGGGAAAACCAUGGCGACGGCCUAUCUGGACCCCAACCUGAACCAUGCCCUCCUGGGAGGCGCCAAGUCACGACUGAGCGCGGGGGGGUCGGACCGAACCAUGGCCGGCUCCGUGGACAGGGUUCUGAAAGUCUUCCAUCACUUUGAGACCAACACUGAAAACAGCUGCUGGUCCUCCAAUAUCAGAUACGGAGAUGCGACCGACAUCAGGGGAAUCAUCCAGAAGAUUCUGGACAUCCACAAAGUGCGCUGGACGUCUUGUUUUGGUCUGCGUCUCAGCAACACUCAAUCCAGAGACCAGGUUCACUGGCUCCACCCCGAUAUGGGCGUAUCCCACGUCAGAGAGAAAUAUGAACAGGCACGACCGAACGAGGAGUGGAGGUAUGAGUUAAGGAUCCGGUAUCUUCCAAAAGGCUUUGUGCAGCAGUUUACAGAAGACAAACCUACACUCAACUACUUCUACCACCAGGUGAAGAAUGACUACAUGACAGAGAUCGGUGAACAGGUGGAACAAGAUAUAGCUCUCAAACUGGGCUGUUUAGAAAUCAGGCGGUUCUUCAAAGAGAUGAGAGGAAACGCCCUGGACAAGAAAUCUAACUAUGAACUACUGGAGAAAGAUGUCGGCUUGAGGCGUUUUUUCCCAAAAGACCUGUUGGAUUCAGUCAAGGCUAAAACUCUCCGUAAGUUGAUUCAGCAGACGUUUAAGCAGGUAGCUAAUCUCAACGAUGAGCAGUGCAUCCUCAAGUUCUUGGAGAUACUGGCACCAAUUUACCGCUACGACAAGGAGUGCUUCAAAUGUGCCCUCGGGUCCAGCUGGGUGAUCCAGGUGGAGUUAGCCAUCGGGCCAGAGGAAGGGAUCAGCUACCUCACUGACAAAGGAUCCACGCCCACCCAUCUAGCUAACUUUAACCAAGUUCAGUCCAUCCAGUACUCGGCUAUGGAGGAGAAGGACAGGAAAGGGAUGCUACAACUCAACGUAGCUGGAGCUGCUGAGCCUCUCACAGUUACCACAGCGUCACUGACCAUGGCAGAGAACUUGGCUGACUUGAUUGACGGUUACUGUCGGCUGGUCUCCAUGGAAACUCAUUCCUUCAUCGUCAGAGUCCAAAAAGAGGGAGAGAGAGCGCUGCCUUCCAUCCCAAAAGUGUCUAAUAAUGAGAAAAAGUUAGAAGCGGUGAGGAGUGGUGUAAGAGCUAUCUCUGUGUCAGAAGAUCUUAGCGGGGAUGAGACUGAUGACUAUGCAGAGAUAGUUGAUGAAGAGGACACAUACACCAUGCCCUCCAUCAGCUAUGGAGUAGUCGAAGCGCGGGAUUAUGAGAUCCAGAGGGACAGGAUAGAGUUAGGCCGCUGCAUAGGAGAGGGUCAGUUUGGAGAUGUACACCAAGGAGUCUACAACAGCCCGGACAAACCGGCUCUACCCGUCGCCAUCAAGACCUGUAAGAACUGUACAUCAGACAGCGUCAGAGAAAAGUUCUUACAAGAAGCAUUGACGAUGCGUCAGUUUGAUCACCCUCACAUCGUUAAGCUGAUCGGGGUGAUCACAGAAAACCCCGUGUGGAUCAUCAUGGAGCUCUGCACUCUGGGCGAGCUGCGUUCGUUCCUUCAGGUGAGGAAGUACAGUUUGGAUUUGGCCACUCUCAUUCUGUUUGCCUACCAGCUCAGCACAGCACUGGCUUAUCUGGAGAGUAAACGCUUUGUACACAGGGACAUCGCAGCUCGCAAUGUGUUGGUGUCUUCGGUCGACUGUGUGAUGCUCGGAGACUUUGGUCUGUCACGAUACAUGGAGGACAGCUCGUACUACAAAGCUUCUAAAGGUAAACUUCCUAUCAAAUGGAUGGCUCCUGAAUCAAUCAACUUCAGAAGAUUCACGUCUGCCAGUGAUGUCUGGAUGUUUGGUGUGUGUAUGUGGGAGAUCCUGAUGUACGGCAUCAAGCCUUUCCAGGGAGUGAAGAACAAUGACGUGAUUGGCAGGAUAGAGAACGGAGAGCGGUUGGCCAUGCCUCCUCAGUGCCCGCCCACCCUGUACAGCUUGAUGACCAAGUGUUGGUCGUAUGACCCCAGCAAGCGGCCGCGAUUCACCGAACUCAAAACACAACUCAACACCAUACUGGAGGAAGAGAAGCUUCAACAAGAGGAGAGACUUCGAAUGGAGAUGAGGAGACAAGUCACCGUGUCAUGGGACUCUGGAGGGUCUGAUGAAGCACCGCCUAAACCCAGUAGACCAGGUUACCCCAGUCCUCGUUCCAGCGAAGGCUUCUUCUCCAGCCCCCAGCUCAACCACUUCCCGCCUUCAGCUCACGGUGGCGUGGGAGGAGUAGGAGGCAGCUACCCUCCGACUGAUUCCUGGAGUCAACACAGACCUGAACACACUGCACUGUGGAGCCCAAACAUGGAGGACAGUGGAUGUGUAGGCCAGGCUAUGAUGGAGGAGAGGCUGAUGAUGCAGCAGCAACAGAUGGAGGACGAUCAGCGGUGGCUGGAGCAGGAGGAGAGCUUCAUGAAGACAGAGUCCAGAAACAGCAGAGGAAGCAUCGACAGAGAGGACGGCACACUACAAGCACCGGGUGGAAGCCAACACAUCUACCAGCCAGUAGGGAAACCAGAACAUGUGGCUCCUCCUAAGAAACCACCACGUCCAGGAGCUCCUGGUCACCUUGGCAACCUGGCCAGUCUCUGCCCUGUGGACAGCUACAACGAGGGCGUAAAGUUGCAGCCUCAGGAGAUCAGCCCACCCCCCACCGCCAACUUGGAUCGCUCCAACGACAAAGUGUAUGAGAACGUGACAGGAUUGGUUAAAGCUGUGAUUGAGAUGUCCAAUAGGAUUCAGCCUGCAGCUCCAGAGGAGUACGUCCCGAUGGUCAAGGAGGUUGGCCUGGCGCUGAGGACUCUGCUAGCGACAGUGGAUGAGACACUUCCUGUGCUGCCAGCCAGCACACACAGAGAGAUCGAGAUGGCUCAGAAGUUGUUGAAUUCAGAUUUGGCUGAGUUGAUAUCAAAGAUGAAACUGGCCCAACAGUAUGUCAUGACGAGUUUACAAAAGGACUACAAGAAACACAUGCUAAUGGCAGCUCACGCCCUCGCAGUCGACGCCAAGAACCUGCUGGAUGUCAUCGACCAAUCACGACUCAAGAUGAUCAGGAUUUAAUCAAGUCAGGACGGGGGCGUGGCCGGGAGUUUCUUAGCCAAUCACAAAGAGAAGAGAACACUUGGAUGGAUAUCGGUGACGGACGGAUGAACAAAUGAACCGAUGGACAACAGACAUGACUGACUAAAACAAUCAGCGUUUUCCUUUCUCUCUCCGCCGUCGGUCAUGAUCAAUAUUGUGUCGUUUUGUACUUUUGUUGCAUUAUGUGCUUUUGUAUCCAGAGAAACGUUCUUCUUCUUCCCCUAUCACGUAUCCUCAAAGAUGAUUUCUUUUUUUUUAAUCAUCCAUUACUACUUUUUAAUCUUUAAGUGAAUCAAACAAAGGUUUAAGAGGCUCGCGUGAAGGACUGCAGAGAGAUCUUCGACUAACACUCCACAUAUGCAGGAUGUAACAACUGGAACUGAAGAGCCAGGAUGAGGAGGAUGAUGAUGAAGAUGAUAUGAUACUGUUGUUGUUUAAACAUGCUUUUAUAUCAUUAUUAAUUAUUAUUAUUACUAUUUUCAGCCUUUACUCUUACAGUAUGUCAGUUCUUCAACUGAUUGAUAUACAGCUCCUCGUCAUAUUUUCAUCUCUUUUCUUCUCUAAAUCUCUUUAUCUCAGGCAUCGAGAGAUGGCAUAAAAAAAAUGAAAUAUGAAAGCUGAAUUUUGAAGAACAAACUAAAUGUCACAGGCCACUUUUUUAAGUUAACUUGCAUAGUAAAUAUACAAAGAAGCUAUAUUUUUAACACGUUUCUGAGGCAUGAAUCGUUGGUGAACAAGGGAGAGGGACGAACGGGGGAGGAAGUGAAGGGAGAGAGGGGUGAGAGAUGGAGGGAGGGUGGUUUUUUAAAGGAGGUGCCAAAUUCACUGCAGUUGAUUAAAAAGGAACAUUUCGCUCAAAACGCUCUGAUAUUUCCAUUAGUUUAUUCAAAAGUGUAAAGUUCACAACAGUUUCUUUGCUUGCUUUUGUAUAUUGAUGCCAAAUUGUGUUGCUGCGUCAUGUCGUUGGUUCCUUCUGUCCUGUCUGUCUUCACAUAAAUGUUCACUCAACAAGAUGCAGUGCACAAGUUUGCAGUUUUAGACCCUCUUUGCCAAAUUUCUUCAGUUUAGUCGAACCAGGAAUAUUUUCAGGGACAGUAUUCACAAAAGAAUCAGAAUUCAACAUUAAAAUUAAAAUCUAUUAGUGUUUAUUUCAGAUUCAUUUACAACUAACUGGAGUGAGUGUUCAUUUGACCUCAGUCUUCACUUGUUUUAUAGCUGCACACACCAAAACAGUGUUUCUUUAAAGAACUACAGCAUGGGUCGGUGGUCAAAAUGGGCCACAGACCUCGCUCAUGUCCAACACAAUUUGCUCUGUAUCUCCCCUCCAACACUCCUCCUGUUUUCCUUCCCUGUCUUUCUACCUCCCUCCACUGGAGUUAUUUAUACCUUUCUAUCCGCUCUCUUCCCUUGCUCCGUCUCCCCAACAUCUCCACUCUUCCUCCCUGUCGUCAUCCCUCCCUUUGGCCUCGUCUUCCUCUCCUCCCUCUCUUGAUUCUCUCUCCAUUCCACUGCUCCCUCUCCUCUGAGGUGAGCAGUAUUCUCAGGAAGGAGUCACAUUGUACAGUUGCUAAACCAAGCAAAUAAAACACUGUUAUCAUUAAA